AUGGCAAACGAGCGUGAAAGCAAGACCUUCCUUGCCCGCCUGUGCGAGCAGGCUGAGCGUUACGAUGAGAUGGUCACCUACAUGAAGGAGGUUGCCAAGCUCGGCGGUGAGCUCACUGUUGACGAGCGUAACCUGCUCUCGGUCGCGUACAAGAACGUUGUUGGCACUCGCCGUGCCAGCUGGCGCAUCAUUUCCUCGAUCGAGCAGAAGGAGGAGUCCAAGGGCUCCGAUAAGCACGUCGCGACCAUCCGCGAGUACCGCCACAAGAUCGAGAGUGAGCUGGAGAAGGUCUGCCAGGAUGUCCUUGAGGUCCUCGACGAGGCCCUGAUUCCCCAUGCUGCUACGGGCGAAUCCAAGGUCUUCUACCACAAGAUGAAGGGCGACUACCACCGUUACCUCGCUGAGUUUGCCUCUGGCGAGAAGCGCAAGGUUGCUGCUACUGCUGCCCACGAGGCGUACAAGAGCGCCACGGAUGUCGCCCAGACUGAGUUGACUCCGACGCACCCGAUCCGCCUGGGUCUGGCCCUGAACUUCUCGGUCUUCUACUACGAGAUCCUCAACUCCCCAGACCGCGCCUGCCACCUGGCCAAGCAGGCGUUCGAUGAUGCCAUUGCCGAGCUCGACUCGCUCUCGGAGGAGUCGUACCGCGACAGCACGCUUAUCAUGCAGCUCCUGCGGGACAACCUUACGCUUUGGACCUCGUCCGACAACGGCGAGCCCGAGGCCGCUGCGGCCGAGGCGCCGAAGGAGGAGAAGCCUGCCGAGGAGAAGACCGAUGCCAAGCCCGAGGAACCUGCGCCCGAGCAACAGUAA